GAAUUGUUGACUGAGGAAAUCGAACGCAUCGGACAGAUUGUCGAAAGAACAGAGGCCUUUGAUGCACAGUCGCUACCAAGUAAUAAAGGAUAUAGAGGUGACAAUUUUCUCGAGACACAUGUGACUUACCGUCACCCGUUUCCUAAACUUGGACAUGCGCGUCCUCGAGGAAGUGUAGCUCAGACAUUUCUAUUUAACAAGAGUUCAUAUAGAGAAUAUCCGGCAUUGUCGUCAAUGGUGGUUCUAAGAGGACUAAGAACGGAGGCUACCGACUUUAUGCCUGCGGGUUGUUAUGGAAUUUCUUUAAGAAGAAUAGAAAGUGGAUGGGGGCGGAUGAAGAUAGCAAAUUGGGAGAAUAAGGAUAUUGUAAACUGUGUAUUGGCUAAGCAUGCGUCUGUGUAA